CGCCCGCCCUGCUCACAUUCCCGGGCUCUCCACCUCCUGACAGCUGUGACCCUGUGACCUUGGAACCCUGGGGCAGAGAUGGCUCCCCCCUCCUCCCCCCCCCCCCGGGUUAUUUAUUUUCCCAGUAACUUUGUGGGAACUACAGGAAGAAGCCCCAUUUCAAAUAAACCAACAAAAAUCUUUCUUUGGUUUUGGAUGGAGUGGGGGGGGGCGGGGGCAGAUGCGGGUUCCUGAGGGGUACGGUGUCUGGGACCUUGGAUGGUGUGGGUCCUGGGGUCAGAUGUACAGGUCCCUGAGUGGGGCAGAAUCCAUGGCUCAUGAGGGGUCAGGGUUGUAUCGGGAAACCCCUUAGGUGGGAUGAGUGGGGUGAACCUGGGAGGUUCCGCUAACUGGCAGGCUAGGGAAGAAGGAGUUAAAUGGUGCUGCUGCCACCUGAGCCGGGCAUCAAAUGACCUGAGUCCAGUUCUGCUAGUGAGGAGGUGGAGUUGAGCCUGCCCCCAGGCCUCUGGCUGCCUCAGGCCUCUGCCCCCAGCUAUGGCCCUCCCCCCACCUCUGGGCCCUAGAUUCCCCUCAGAGCCCCUCAACUACCCCGCUGGAGCCCCUAGGGAACUGGACAUUGCUAGAUGCACCAUCUGCCCUGCAUCUGGAGAGAAGAGAAUCAGACCAGAACAGGCCCAGAAACUGGGGCAAGACUCCUUGGACCCUCCCGAACACUUCCAGGGUGGGCUGAGGGGCACUGAGCCUGCUGCUGGUCCCCUGAGAUUGCCAGCACCCUCUUCCAGUGAGGACCCAGCUGGGGGCAGACACCGUGAGCACCUCAUCUCUGGCCAAGAAGUAUUGGAGGCUGAGCAGGACAGCCUAUCCCUUUGCCUGUUGGGGCUGGGCCUCCGGCUGCAGGACCUAGAGCAAGGCUUGGGGCCCUGGGCAUCAGCCCAGAGCGGGAUGGUCCAGCUGCAGGCCCUACAGGCAGACCUAUGUGGAGCAGCUGAGCGUGUAGAUGCACUGCUGGCAUUCGGUGAGGGGCUGGCACAGCGGAGUGAGCCUCAGGCCCGGGCAUCCCUGGAGCAGGUCCUGAGGGCCCUCAGAGCGCACCGAGACGGCAUCUUUCGGCGACUGUGGUGGCUGCAGGCCCAGCUGGUCAGCUACAGCCCGGUAUGGCCCACCCUGGCAGUCCCCACCCAAGGUACCAAUUCCACAACCCCCAUGACUCUGUCCUCUGACCAGGUGUUCGAGGAGGCCAGUACACUGGACCAGGACUUGGAAGUUGAGGGGGACUUGGACGGGCCAGGACCUGGUGGGGCCUGGGGGCCCUGGGCACCCAGUGGCCUCCCUACUCCUGCAGAGUUGGAGUGGGACCCGGCAGGGGAUGUUGGAGGCCUCAGGCCCUUGGGGCGAAAGACAGCCUGGACACCAGGAGCUCCCUGUGAGCUAUGUGGUCACAGGGUCCCCGAGGGCAGGGGACAAGGCCUUGAGGACAUGCUCAUGUCGGGCUUCAGCCACCGGAAACACUUAGCAGGUCAGCGAAGACGCUCCCUGCUCCGGAAGCCUCAGGACAAGAAGCAGGCAUCUCCCAACCUGCAGGAUGUGAUGUUGGAGGUAGACCCUGGAGCCCCUCCUCCUGCAUCCAGGUGGUCCCUGACCUUCCUCAUUCUCCUCCUCUUCCUUCUCCUCGUGGGUGCCACAUUGCUCCUGCCACCAUCAGGGGGGUCCUGCUGCUCUCCUGCCCGACUGGCCAGGACACCUCAUCUGGUGCUCAGCUAUGUCAAUGGUCCCCCCCCAAUCUGAGAACAUGGCCCAGACAUAUGUAAUAAAUGGUCAAUAUCCAA